AUGGCAAGCUCUACGAAUAACUACUACGAUUUGUAUCGUCAUGGAAGCCUCGGUGUUGCCUUGACGGAUGCUUUGGACGAGCUAAUCGGUGACGAGCGCAUCGAUCCACAGCUCGCCAUGAAGGUCCUCACCCAAUUCGAUCGCGUCAUUGCCGAAACGUUGCAAGAAAAGGUCAAGUCACGGUUGACCUUCAAGGGUUCCCUCGACACUUACCGAUUCUGCGACGAAGUCUGGACGUUCCUCAUUCGCAAUGUCACCUUCAAACUCGACAACGGCAGCCAUACCGUUGUGGCUGACAAGGUCAAGAUUGUCAGUUGCAGUUCCAAGAAGACCGAGGAGAAGUAG